GGCGAACAAUGGGCCGAGUUCGGGAGAUAUCGUUCCUAAUGGGACUGUAUCGGAGCCUUCAUCGGUCAGUAGCUGGUAGGAGAUAAGUAUACUAUUCCUCAACGGAACAAUUUCCUUGUGACAUCUCUUCUGGGUGCUUAAGCGUUAAUCGGGCGGCAUACCGUUUCGUGUCCAGCCAUCUCAGUAUGCCGACCGAGCCGUACAGGCUCACUGCUUCCCAGUGUCUUCAAGCCUACAAUGACGGCAGCCUGACCGUUGAAGAAUACGCCACAUCGAUCUUGCAACGCGUUAACGAACGGCAGCCUACGGUGAAAGCAUGGGCUCAUAUUGAGCCUACCCAAGUCUUGGAACAGGCGCGCGCACUUGACAAAGUUCCCAAACACCAGCGUGGACCAUUGCAUGGCGUGGGUAUCGCGGUCAAGGAUGUUAUAUACACUAAGGGCAUGCCGACACAACACAACUCUCCAAUAUACGCCAAUGACCAGCCCGAGGUUGACGCCGGCAGCAUCGUUCUCCUCCGACACGCCGGUGCGCUGAUUUUAGGUAAGACCACCACGACCGAGUUCGCCGCAACAGUAGAGGGUGGCCCAGCCACGAACCCGCACGACUCCACACGUACUCCUGGUGGCUCAUCUUCCGGGUCUGGAGCAGUGGUGGCCGACUUCCAGGCACCCAUCGCUCUUGGCACGCAGACGGGAGGUAGUGUUAUCCGACCCGGCAGCUUCAAUGGUGUCUAUGCCAUGAAGCCGACGUGGGCAGCGAUUACGCGUGAAGGCCAGAAGAUCUACAGUCUCAUUCUCGACACACUUGGGUUCUAUUCCCGGUCCGUCGACGAUCUCAAGCUGCUUGCAUCAGUGUUCGGACUGAAAGACGACCAGCCUCCCACGAAUCACCAUGACGGUGUGAAAGGCCUCAAGUUUGCACUUCUCAGGACAAUGGUGUGGGAGAAGGCAGGUCCUGGCACUCAAGCCGCGAUGAAGAAGGGCGCUGACAUCUUGCGCGCCCACGGAGCCGAGGUCACUGAGAUCCAGUUUCCCUCCGAGUUCAACAAGCUUCCAGAUUGGCACAGCUGCGUCCUGAAGUCUGACGGUCGGGUUGCCUUCCGUCCCGAGUACCAAGUGGCCAAAGAUCAGCUCGAUAAAUCACUCGUCGAGCACGUAGAUGAAGCACAUGGCUACACUCGCAAAGACUACUUGGAGGCCUUCGACGGCAUAUCGGCUCUGCGGCCAAAGUGGGAUGCCAUCGCCGCUCAAUAUGACGCCGUUAUCGUUCCGUCAGUGCCAGAUGAGGCGCCAGAAGGUAUCGAGUCAACCGGCAGUGCUGUGUUUAAUAGUAUGUGGACGGCGCUACAUGUGCCCGUGAUCAACGUGCCGGGCUUUCAAGGUGAGCAUGGCAUGCCCAUCGGGCUUUCGCUUAUCACGGCGAGAUACCACGAUCAAGCGCUGCUUGAGGUGGCGAAGGUGGUCGGCAAAGUGUGGGAGGAGGAGGGUAGAUGGCAUAGCAAGCUUUAAAGCAUAGAUACGAACUGUAAUUCGUGAGCUUUGGGGUAUCCUAACACCGCUCAAAGCCAAUAAGAAUGCCAGUGCAUCGAACAAUGUCA